GACUCGGGUCACUUUUGAUUCGCUGCUUGCCCCGCCUCCCCCGGUCAAGCAUCGAGGGGAUAAAAGGGCCCACGACAGGGUGGACCUCUCAGAUCUGUCGCCACAAGUCAUAGCGCGCAUCUGGCCCCCUUCCUGCCGGCCAACUCGCAUCGGUGACAUCGUCGCCUCGAGCAGGACUGCGAAGGCACAUGGCUACGUCUGAUUCUAUGGCUGGGAAGAAUUCGCCCGCCCGGAGCGGCUCACGAGUAGAGCUUUCGCCAUCGCCUCCGCCAACUCAACCUGAGCUCCGGUACGCCGGAAGCCAAGCCAGCAUGACGUUCACCCCCGAGGUCACGUGGCGUUUGCCCAGAGGUGCGACAACGCCCUGUGUAAAGCCGUCUGCCUUCUCGACAGCUGCGUGCCCAAGUUCGUCUGCGUCGUGCUUAUGGCCUGCCGCGGGGUGCACACCUUCGCUGGCAGAACUGCUGGAAGUGUAUCCGUGGUGCUAUACGAGGUACAUCCGUGGAGUCGCAGAAUCUGGCGAGCUGCAAUGGGGAAGCACGGCUGGCCGCUACUACGCACCAGCGCCUCGGCCGCGUGGUCAUCCGCCAUUCUUCACAUCAUUCGUCUACGCGCCUGACGACGUGAAGGCGUACGUAGAGGUGGCGUACCAGCAAUCUGCAGAGUCGGGAGAAGACUCCAAGUCGGAAUACGAGGACCUCAGCGACUGCGAGAUCGAGUCAGUAUAGUCCUAUACCAGGCCCUUCCCGAGCAAGUGGAGCCAGUGUCUGUGCACGAGAACGUUCGCGCGUGCAAAUCGUGGAUAA